AUGAAAAAUAGGCAAGAGCCCCCAAAACCUCCGUCUCCGAAGAGAACAGUAAAUGUGAUAAACGGCGGAGAAGAAGUCAACGCCGUAACCUAUACAACUGGGAGAAAAACAACAAAGUUCACAAUAACACACGGGAAGCAAACUCGCCAAACUCUGGAAGACGGCAACAUAACCUUUGAUGAUGCAGAUGAUGAUGAAUUAAUGAUUCCUCACAACGAUGCAUUGGUAAUAUCUUUACUUAUACAUGAUACUAAUAUAAAACAAGUUUUAAUUGACCCAGGUAGCUCCGUGAACAUCAUUCUAUUAAGAGUGGUGAACGAAAUGCUGAUGGGCGAUCGUGUAGUUCCAAAAGUACGUUCCUUAUAUGGGUUUGAUAACUCAACUAUUUUUAUAAAGGGCGAGAUUAAACUAAGCACAUACACAGAAGGGGUCAUCAAAGAAACACAAUUUCAAGUGAUAGACACGGAUAUGGCCUAUAAUGUGAUUCUUGGGAGGUCGUGGAUUCAUGAAAUGGAUGUUGUGCCAUCCACAUUGCAUCAGGUUAUCAAAUUCCCUUCAAAAUGGGGAAUUCAACAAAUUCGAGGAAAUCAACAAUCUUCAAAGAGCAUCAAUUCGGUGAUACAACCAAGUCAAAAAGAUACAAAUGCAAGUAAAAAAGAUACGGGUGCAAGUCAAAAAGAUACAAGUGCAAGUCAAAAAGAUGUGGGUAGAAGUGAGAAAGAUGCGGUAAAUCAAAUUUCAACAGAAAUUAUAUCAAAACAAACAGACGUGGACUCCAGACCAGAUGUAAUUCAAGAGCCAAAGUAG